AUGCCCGCUAUUCGAACGAAAUCUCGUGAAAAGCGCGCCUACGUUGAGAAUUUCCACCUACGUUUCACGACCAAGGCGCCAGACCGCGCCAAAACGCCCUCAGACGUCUCAAGCGUUCGAUCUAGCUUGUUGGGUGAAGACGAUGAUGAGCAGCCGGGGACCGUCAAGGAAGGCCAAGAGGAAUACCUCAAACAGGUUACGCUAUCGAUCGGUCGUAUCAAUGUCAAGUCGCUGAAGUCUCAUGGUGCGAUCAAGGAAUACAUGGGCUUUCCGUCCAUCACGAGCACCUCCGUUUCUUGGGUCGUAGACAACCCGCCCGAGGCAUUUCCUCGCACUAUUGUGCCAGGAUCCGUCAUCGUCACUCGUGGGAAACGCCGUAAAGACCUCUGGUGGGGUGUGGUCCGCGCGAUUAGGAAGAACGGCGACAUCAUGAUCGUCAUCAUGCUCUAUCUGGAGUCCCUGGGGUGGAUCAAAUCCGCCAUAAAGAAGGGUAUCGUCCAUGAACCUAAACGCCUCCUGAAAACAAUUAAAGACCUACCCGCAAACACCCGCAAGGACGACAUGCUCUUCGUGACCGACGAGGAAACCAAAAUUCCGGCCAAGAACAUCGUUGCUGCAUGUACAGAGCAGGAAUUCAGGUCGAGGUGGAAGUUCUCCAACACUUACUCCCUCCAGAUCAAGCGUACGAAGGAUGAGAAGCGCGAUUACAAAUUCCACCGAGUCUGA